CCUCUGGAGAGCAAGAUCUUUCUGCCACCCGUGUUUUUUAAACAAAUGAGCUUGUUAAUUGUUCUGUAGAUGUUCCUGACUGUGCUUCCAUGUAUGUAAAUGCUGAGAGUUAUCCAAGCCAUUCAAACACAGAAGACACAUUAGGCUGCAGCUACGACAAGCAGAUGAGGUCCUUUACUGAUGAUGUCUGUGUUGUUCCAGAAAAAUUUGAAGCAGGAGACAUCAAGCAGGAAGCUGGAGGGUACCGGGAAGGACCUCCCUACCAAAGACGGGGAUCUCUCCAGCUCUGGCAGUUUCUUGUGGCUCUGCUGGAUGACCCAACCAAUUCCCACUUCAUUGCCUGGACUGGCAGAGGGAUGGAGUUCAAGCUCAUUGAGCCAGAAGAGGUGGCCAGGCUGUGGGGGAUCCAAAAGAACCGUCCAGCCAUGAACUAUGACAAGCUGAGCCGAUCCCUUCGCUACUAUUAUGAAAAAGGCAUCAUGCAGAAGGUGGCUGGGGAGCGCUACGUGUACAAGUUUGUGUGUGAGCCCGAGGCCUUGUUCUCACUGGCCUUCCCCGACAACCAGCGGCCAGCGCUGAAGGCAGAGUUCGAGCGGCAGAUCAGCGAGGAGGACACGGUGCCUCUUUCCCACCUGGAUGAAAAUGCCACUUACCUGCCAGACUUUGGGAGCUUCCCUCCACAGCUCUACAGCAAAGGCUACACGUACUAGCCCUGGUGGCAGCACAGUGCUGUGUAUAUACGUUCUAUACAUGGUUGUGUAUAGGAGAUAGCUGGUUAGUAUUCAGUUGGUAUCAGCAUUUUUUCAGGCCAGCACUAAGCUACGAACACCUGCGUUGGUCAAGACAAGUGUUCAGGUACACAUGUGGAUAAACCACCUCUCAGCAGACAGGGCUCUUACGUGCUUGUGAUAAGACCCCUCCUGUGUGUCAGGACAGCACAUGUUCUUAGCCAUGCAGACAUCUUCCAAGCAGUGGAGCUACAGCUUCAGCAGCACGUCGGGUAACUGGUGCCUCCAGCCGGAUCAAACACGCCUGGUGCAGCCCCUCUCGUUGGGGAGGGAGGGGAUGCUGUCCCACUGGGCUUUUUUUCACAUAUGAGAAUGCUACAAGGCUGCUGCUGACUCUAUUCCUCCAGUACACGUACUGAACCUCUGUGUAACCUGCCCUCAGCUCUGACCACAGGGACUCACCUCUGAAAGGCCAGUCUUGCCUUCUCAGGAUGGCUGCAGGAUAGUGGUCACAGAUCUUAUGCCUCCCUGGGGGAAUACUUGUUUUGAAUGUGCAUGCUCCUGCCUGAUCACCUCCUUGCUCAUUCUAGGACUUUCAGGCGCUCUGAGCAGGGUAGCUGGAAGCACUGGCCAGGAUUAGAGCAGUCCUGUAGAUGACACACCACCAUUUAGGGGAACUACAGAGGUGCCUGAUUGCAUUGGUCUGGGACACAGGUCAAAGCCAAUGCCAUGUUCAGUUAGAGGGACUGGGGGAAGCAGCAAGGCCUGAGACACCAGCUCAGCACAGAGUUAUGGCUUUUCCAAACUGAACAACUUUUUCAACAAACAUCCUCAGGAUCUUUCAAGACCUGUCAGGCUCUUGAGUGUGCCCAUCCUGGGCUUGGCUAUAAAAAUCAUCUAAGGCAAGAAAAGAACCUGGUGGAGGUGUGAUAAAAACGCUGUACAAAGUAACCUAAACUAUACAUAGAUCUUAAUACUGGAAUUCAGUCUUAAACUCCACAAACCUUUGCAUGUUUGAGGGAAAUCCUGAUAGGUUGAAAAGGCAGCUCCCUCUGCAGCCCCAUGGAGGGACUGACAGGUUUUCCACAAUAGUGAACAUUUAUAAUGAGUACCACAUCCUUAUUAAGAGAUGUCUUUAAUUAGCAGCUCCAACCACGUUCCCAGUUAGACAAGGAGCAGUACAGUGCACCUAUACAGAAAAAGCCUGUUUCCUACUGCUUCAUAAUGAUUUUUCAGCUGCUGAAUACACAGCAUUGCCAAUCCCACCAGCAUGGUAGCCUGUAGAGAAAAUUCUGCAUAGACUGAAAGCCUGAUUUCUCCCAAUGACCUUCCCCUGCAUGGCUAAUGCCAACCCUCCCAGCCUUGUCCCCGAGCAAGAGAGCCAUGAAAGGCAGCAUUCCCUGCCUGAGGAGAGGCCAGAUGCUCAGAGCAGCCUGUUCUGUGCACUCCAGAGACUUGGUGUUCUGGCAGCUCCUGGCCCUCCUGCCGUGCCCUGUGCCCACCCAGCAUCCCAGAAGUGAGGGUGAAGAGGAACCCUUGGAUAUAAAGCUGCCUUUACUAUUUAUGAGUGUAAAAAUACUAUAAUUAAUA